AUGAUUACAAAUGGAAACAAGAUGAUCAUUGAUGAACCUACCACUUCAUCAUCAUCCGAAACCAAUGAUCAAACAAUCAUUCAACAACAGCGAGAAUAUAUUAAAUUAUUGGAGAGUGAAUUACAAUCAUUGAAGGAACAUUUCCAGUCUUCGAUGGAGAAGAUCAUGACUAGUCCUUUCUUCUCUCAAUCCAUUCUUUUAUCUGUAGUAGUACCAUCAAUAACAACAACACCAACACCAACAACAACAUCAACUAAUAAUAUUCCACCAAUAUCCCAAUCUAAUUUAUCAAAUAAUAAUAAAUCUUCUACUAAAAAAGCUAAAACACAACCUAAUAAUAAUACAAAACAACAAGCCUCCACUACAACUACUCCAAUUAAGAAGAGAAAAUUUCAACAAGAAGAAGAGGAAUCAAGUAGUGAUAGUGAAGAAGAUGAAGAGGAUGAAGAGGAAGACGAAUCAACUGAAGAGGAAUCUUCUACUAGAAAAACUAGGCAACAAUCAAGGAAGAGUGAUGUCAUCUAUGAUAGUGAUGAAGAACCAGUUAUUGAGAAUAUAUUUGAUAUGAAAUUUUGGAAUAGGGAAAUUGCAAAAUGGAAGAAAAUUAAUACCAAAACAUUACCAAAAGUUAAAACACCUAAGGAAGGAACUAAACAACCAUUGGAAGAAUUGGAGAAAAUAUUGGAAAAGCAAGUGGAGACAACUCCUACCAAAUCUAAAUCUAAAUCUAAGAAAGCGAAGGAAACUGCUCAAUCUACACCUACAACAGUUACCAAUAAUACCAAUGGUUCAUCAUCGUCAUCAUCUAAUGGUGAAAGUAAUAGUAAUGUAAUUGAUAUUUCAACUUGUGAUAAGGAACCUUACUUGUUUGAUUCUGAUGAUAAGGAACCAGUUGCACUUACAGAACCAAUUAUAAAAGCUAUUGGAACCAAAAUAGCAACAAAAGUCGAAGUAUUUAAAAAACUCUGGGAAUAUCUUUACGAAAAACAAUUAUUCAAUGAAAAUCACAGGAUUAGUAUGGAUCCACUAAUUAAGAGCGUAUUAGGAAUUGAAUCUAAUGAUGUUAUUACAAUUAAUGAAUUUAACAGACAUGUUGUCGAACAAUUAAGAGAAGCCACCAUCAACAAACAAAAGAAGGAAGAUAUUUCACAAAAAUUCACAAUUUUAUAA